GGAAAUUCGUGUUACCAAGGCAAAAAAGAACCGUGAACGGCAUUUACACCGAAGGUGCAUAUAUUAUUGUACGUUUGGUUGCUCGCGCGCAAGGCGCACGUCAUAACAACAUGAUUGUGACGCGAAUAACUGACCGAUCGCUUCCAGGGAAAAAAUCGCAAUGAGUUUGUGUGAAAAUGAGUCCUGCUAAAAACACCUUACAAACUGUAUGUGUGACUGAACGAGUCAUGGACACUUAUGGGUUUUCAUCUCAUUCAACUCCGGUCAUCAUAGGGGAAUCUCCUGAAGAAUCUGUUGCGAGUUCCAUUGAGUUCGAAAUAGACAGUGAUUCAACUAGUGGAGUUGGUAACACGGCCGAUGACAAAAUAGAACAACCAGCUCCUGAGAGUGCUACCAAUUCAGACAAAUCGGCCAUCAUUCGAUUAAGCGGAGAGCUGCUUAAAGCGAAGCAGAGUAAUUGGGAAGUUGUAGACGCAUUAUCAAGCGCUUACGACGACAUUCGAGACAUGAGAAAACGCGAGGAACGACUAAACAACGUCCUGGGCUCUAACAUUCGCAAUUAUGCAUCCAGUGAAGAAAAUAAAUGGGCAAAAGGGACAGAAAUUAAAAUACUCACCACUCAGUUACAGAUACGAGCUGAAGAGUUGGUAAAAGCAAGAAGCGAUAUACGAAAGCUAAUGAUCGAUAGAGACAAACUGAAAGAGGAUUUCUUGAAAGCGAAAAGUGAACUGACUGUGCUUUCACUUCGUGAUGGGCGAAAGGAAAGUGAGAUGGCCCUUGCACGGAGCAACCUCAGGACACUGACCUCUUCCUUGAGCGAAGCAAAUGAGAAAUUGCUCAGUAUGAGGGAAAAUGCCGGGUAUUUAGAAAACGAGUUGAAUUUUAAGAGAAUCGAGUUGGAACGAAUCAAAGAGGAACGCGAUGCCCUCAACGCUGCACUGAGAGAGAAAGAGAAACAACUCUUGCAACUGACAAAGAAAGUCCGAGAAUUAGAGACAAGUAACAAUGAGUUUGGUGCGUCGUUAUCUAGCAAGCAGGAGGAAUUGGAAAGCGUCAGAGCUCAGGAAGAGUUGGUUUUGAAAGAAGUAGAACGCGGUAUUGCAAAGGAGAUGAAGACUACUCGUGCGCGUUUGAUUGAGGCUGAGGCGAGACACGAGCAAGACGAGAGAACCAUCGCAGAGCUUACACAAAGACUCCGGGAAUGGGGAAGGCAAUCAGAGGCCGUAAACGCUCAAAUCCGUGAAGCAAAUACCAAGCAAUCUGCCGCUAGAGAACAAGUAACUCAAUACAUCGAGAAGCUAGAGAGAGAGCUUAGAAACUUAAAAAAUCACCAACAGCGGGACAUAAGCAAAGAUCAUGUGAGCCCACAGUACGCGCCAAAACCAUUACUAUCGAGGCGAAAACACGCAGGAAGAAAACUACCGCAUGUAAAACCUCCAUCGCUGACCUGGUUAAACGAUGAGAUGAGCGACUUUUCAGCGAGCGAUCAAUCCUCUGAUACUAUCUCUGUAUCUGAUAUCGAGGUGCACACUGGGUAUUCUAGGAAAAGAUCGCGCCGCUCAUUACCGCUGACCCCCAGCGAUGUCGAGGUGCUGACAAGUGAUGACGCAUGCGCUGAUGCAAAAUGGAGUGACGUCAUUCCUAACAUCGGAUCGCAACCAAGACGGCAUACUUUGGAUUCAGGGCUCGGCGAUAGUCUACGGGCGGGGAGUAAUCCCCGUUAUCGGGGAAAAGAGAGGUCGACCUCGUGUACGGAUGUUAAACUAGACUUCGCCGCUGACAUGCCGCGGAUGCCUUGUGCAGUUUACGAGAAUACCGCUCGACGCGUGACGGGGAGUCCCGGGAACAACUGCAGCCUGGCAGCCAAGCCUUCUUCUCAAUACACAGAAAAACUGACUGACCGCGAAUCGCUAACAACUAGACAAGACAAGGAAAGGCAUGGGAAACACAGUGACACUAGGAAACAAAACGAAGUGUCGCUUCGUCGGUACUUGUCCGUGGACCGAUUGCGGGCACGCAAACGCCGAGUAGCGCUAGGUCUGGUCUUCCGCUACCUAGAUCCGCUGGAAUUGUGCAGGCUCGCAACCGUAUGCAGAGAGUGGCGAAGUCUAAGUGAACAUCCGUCACUAUGGCAACGAGUGGUGCUGGAGGACAAAGAAGUAAAUAACAUGACAUUAUUGUCCAUAUCUCGUCGGUGUUCGCCGUUACAAGUCCUUGUUAUGAAAAAACUAAGAAGAUCCUCCAUACCACCGAAAACCGAGAGACACAAAAACCCAGACACCUGUUACUUGGAGCGAGGUCUGGAGUGCAUCAUGAAGGUGACCGCUGACCGCUUGCGAUCGCUGCAUAUCGAGGACUGCGGGGUUCUUAUUUCUGACAGGUGCUUCACGUUUGCCGGUACCUUUACACGUAAUCUCCGUUCUAUGACGUAUAUCAGUGACAAGUUCCCAGCAAGCACCGAGGCCUUCUGGCCCUUACAUGAUUGCCGCAUGUUAACGAGGCUCCGCGUGCCGCCCAUGUCGCCAUGCGAUCAUCCUUAUCGUUUUAACGACAAGAGCUGCGAAGCCAUCGCUAGCCAUUGGCCUGGGUUGCGCAGUUUAACCUUGGGCGGCCCGGGUAUAUCCCUAACCGGACUGUUGCAUAUUGCGCGCGGUUGCCAGCGCCUCCAAGAACUCGAGUUGGACCGUGUAUGUCACGUGACGGAGGAUGCGGCGUAUGCGAUGUGCCAGCAAGGACUCAUGGGAUUGCGAUGUCUCUUUUUCACGUUCACGCCCGUGUCCCCUGACGCCAUCUUGCAAUUUUACUCUGCCUGUCCUCAAUUGGAACUCAUCGCAGUGCAUGUUGGGAUAUCUGAUUAUUUCACCGAGCCACGUGAUGCUGAUUGUAUUCGCAUGUACGAUCACGUUGUCUUCGAGCUUGUGAACUUGAUGGAAGACAAGACUGAGUUGAGUCGAAUCCUGCGAAUCAAGGCAGACUAUGGAUGAACAUCGAACCAUUCUGUAGAAUUAUAUACAUGUUAUCUAUAUUUUUAAAAACCACAUGUAAAACCAACAAAAAUUUAUUAAUAAGGACUAGAUGUUUAUGCAGUUUUUGUAAGUUUGUGCUAAAUAAAUGUUUCACUGGA